AUUCCAUCUUAUUCAAUAUUAAACAGCGAUGUAUAUAUUAAAACAAAAUAUCAUAGUAACAAUUUAAUAAAAAAGUAUAAUAGAAAGUGAAUCAGGAUUAAUUUCUAUCAUCUCAUAAUAAUGGAUUAUGUGUAAAUUAUUAUUUUUUUAAAAUUUUUUCUUGUUGCUAUGAGAACACAAAUACCAAUUAGUAACUAUGCUAAAAAUGAAAAAAAAAUUUAUUUUAACUGAAACAAUCAAUUAAUAAUUAGAUACAAUGUAUUUUAAUGAAUUUUUUCUAUUAUCAAUUAUUACUUCUUUUAUAUAUUAUGUUCAUGGACAAAAUCAAUUAUAUUCAUUACGUUCAAGACGUUUAUUACCUGCUGAUUCUUAUACAAUAUUAGGUCAAGCUGGUUUAAGACGUUUAGGUCAAUGUAAUAUUACAUAUGCAUGGUUAACAUCUCCACCAACAUCAACUUUAGAUGCAUAUGGUCAUGCUACAGCAUGUAAAAGAUUACAAUUAUUAAAUGGUGAAAUAAUACCUAUCUCAUCUUAUGAUCAUCCAAAUAAUGAUUUAAUGAAUAAUGAUGAAGAUAUCAAUCAAGCUGAUAAAGAAUUAAAAUCUAUUAAUAAAGAAUGGUCAGCAUCAUUAAUUGAUUUAGAACGUUUAGAUAUAUUAAUACGUGCUGAAGUCAUGGGUAUUGGUCAAUCAAAACAAUUAGCAAAUGAUCCAAGAUAUUUUUUUCUUGCUGAUCGUGUUGGUGAUUUAAAUUUAAUGGCUGUUCUACGUCCAGAUAAACAAUUAAAACUUGAAUUAAUUAAUCCAUUAGCUUCAGAACAUUUAGUUUUAACACCACAACAUGUUCUUUGUUUACGUAAACAAUGUCCUUCAACUAUACAAGAUGUAAAUAUGAAUGUAUCUAAACAAGAUAACACUAGUAUAAUAGCUGGAACUAAUGUUAAUAUUGCAGCACUAACUAAAGCUGAACGACAAAAUCGGGAAUUAUAUAUGCAAUUAGUUAUAUCACGUGUUGCCUGUGCUUUAAUUAGUUUUAUGUGUGUAGUUUUUGCAAUGACUUCAUUAACAUUAUGUAUACGUCUUAGACAAAAUCCGCAUUUUUAUAAAAGACGUAUGAUACGAUCAUCUCAAGCUAGUAUUUGUAAAGAACCUCAUCCAUCACCGACACCAUUUUGUCAAGUUAAUGGUAAAGUAAAUAUGAGUCAAGUAUCACCAUUAUUUAUUACAGAUCAAUCUCCAAGACAUUAUGGUAUAACACAUAUACCAAGUGAAACAGCUAGUAUGAAUAAUAUUGUAAUGACAGCAAGUAAUAUGAGUACAUGUGAUCCACAAAAUGGUUUACAAAAUAUUCCUAUUUCCUAUUCAGCAUUAGGUACACAAUAUGCACAAAUAUCAGGUUAUCCUAUAUCUGGUGCACCUAUUGCAUCAUAUAAUGAUAAUUCUGGUUUAAUAACUAUUUAUCCAAUACCAUCACGCGGUUCAAUUAGUUCAACACAACGUGGUUUAUUAUUACAAUGUCAAAAUGGUUCAGUUAGUCCAGCACCUUCAAAUCAUUCUGAUGGAAAAAAUGGUAUAACACGUACUGGUUCAUUAGGUAGAUAUUCACGUAAUAGUGUAUGUUAUGGUGAUAGUACACGUAAAAAAUUAUUAUAUCAAAUUAAGAAAUCCCAUCAAAAUUUAUCACAAACAAUUAAACAACAACAACAAAAUGAUCUUACUACACCAUUGACUAAUAAUCGUCCUAUGCCCAUAGUUCAACAACAACACCACCACCUUCAACAACAACAACUUCAUCCAUCUAUGAAACAUGAAGAUAACCUAUCAGGUAAACCAGACGACUUAAUCUCUUUUCAAUAUACACCUAAUUUUACAACAGUAUUACAUCAUUAUCCAACAGAAUUACAAUAUAAUGACAUUAAAACUAUCCCUAAUAUAGAUAUAGAAGAAACAAAUUCAGAUCUUAUAAAAUCUAAUCAAUUUAAUCAUGUCAAUGAACCAUCUAUUAGUGUUAUACGUAAACCAGCUCAUGUCAAUUAAUCAAUUCAUUCAUUCAUUGAUAAACAUUGAAGGAAACAACAAAAAGAAAAAAAAACUUUUUUGUUGCCAAGUGCCUUUAUUGAUCUUAUCUUAUUGACUAUCAUCAAUCAAAAGGUUAAAUCUGUUACAGAUUCAUUAUUCUCAAUAUGAUCAAAGUAUAUAAAUAAGAUUUUAUAACAUUGAAUAUUAAAUAUUCUGAGUAUUAUUAUUUCAAUUUGAAAAAAAAUUGGAUAUUUACAUAUAGAAAUAAACAAUUUAGUAAGUUGAUCAAAUUCAUUAUGUAUAUCACUAUGUAUGCAUGGACGUAUGUAUGGGUGCGUGUAUGUAUGUAAUUACUUAUUUACUUUUGUGUGUGUGUGUGUGUGUGCGUGUUAAUUGAACAUUGUACAUCAUAUUAGACCGGUUUGUGUUUUUUUCUUUUCUUUUUUCUUUCUUUUUUUGUUUAAAACGACCUCAUUAAUUAGUGAUCUUUUUUUGUUUUUUUAAAAGAAUAUUGGCAUUUGUUCUAGUUUCUAUUAAUGUUUUCUUUCAUAUUUUGAACUGGUUGAAUUAAGUACUGGUUCACUCUAUUAUGGUUUUAUUCCAUUUUGAUUGUUUUAUAUUAUGACAUAAACAAGUGAAUUUUUCAAGUGAUAUUUUCAAAAGGAAACCCUAAAUGGAUAAAGUGUGUUUUAAUCGCUUGAUUAUUUAUUUUAAACUUUUACAGAAGAAACAGUUUACUGUCAUUAUGAUUGUUUUUCUUUUCUUUUUUUUUUUUUGAAAGUGACUUGUUUCAGCCUUGUAAACAUCUGUCAUUUAUCAUGAUGUAUUGUGAAGAUUAAAUAUAAUGUACCCUAUUAAUAUCGUGAAAAGACAUUUUUAGACUUUCAUUGAAACAUCAGAUUAUUGUAUUCAUCACUAAGUAAUGUUAGUUGAGGUAACUAUGAUCUACAAAAAAAUAAAUAAAUACUACUUCGUAGAUGGAAGCUCUUCAGUGAUGAUGAAACGAUCCCGAAAAUUAUUUAGAACUGAUAAGUAUGCGUUUUGAUCAGAUGUAUAUUUUUAUUGUAGCAUAAAAUGAAGAAGUGUUGAAGUAGAAUGUACUAUACUGUCUAGUAACGAUGUUUUAGUCCAAAGAAAGAAUUAUCCAUCAAUUAUAACAGUUCAUUUUUCGUUUAAGACUUAUAUUGAAAUAUCUUGAAAGUUGGUAAUCUUCCCUAUAUAUGUUGUCGAAGAAUAACUUAUUAAGUAUUUAAUAUUUUUAUCACUUCAGUGAUUUGUGGAGAUUAUAGCAUUUUUACAGUUGAAAUCAUGAGUCGAUCUAAACGGAACCAUCAUUGAAAACCUGAGAGCACUGGAUGGCUGUUUUAUUAAAGUAUGAGACUUCUCACAAUUGUGUGUCCACGAUACCGCUGUGGGAAUAGAAUCCGGGACCUUCGUUCUUGUAUGUGAACGCUUAAGUUCCAGACAACUGAAUCGGCAUCCAACAAUCUUCAUGUCUAUCUUUAACCAAACCAUGAUCUUGUGCAACUCUUCAUCAAUUGUCUUAAAUGGAUAACUGUCUCAAACCUGACACGUAUUGGACUCCACAAGUCCUGGCUUCCCAUUAGAACCCCAGGAGUUACAUCUCAAAGCUAUUCACUAGUGAGCACAUGAUUUUUUUCAGUAUGUGGAUUUGUGUAGAUUGUUCAGUUUAGAUAGAUAUCAUAAAUGGAACAAUACUGAGAAAUCCCAUGCUAGAACGAUUAUCCAGUUCUCCUACAUUUUCAAUGGUAAUCUAACAUUGUUCCAUUCACCAUAUCAAUGUAGCCAAUUAAACUAGUUAAAACGUUGAUUACCAUAUCACUGAUAUCUAUUUCACUUACAUGUGAAUAUCAUAAAUAUCAUGGCUAACGUUAUCUGGUUAGCGUUUUUUUAGCGUGUUAGCUUUUUGACGGAUGAGGUCACUAACCUCAUACUCAACACUCGUCCUUUAUCCAGGCUUGGGACCGGCAGUAGCCCCCGGAGGAGCUACAGGUGGAGUUAUAAAUAUUAUGAAUUGAUUAUAAUUAUUCAACAAAAAAGGCAACUGACUUAAUGUCCAAUAAUCAUUUAUUUUUAAUCCAUCAACUAUAUAAGAUAUUAUACCAUAGUAACCAAACACUAAACG